CUUUGCUGACUUCCUGAUUGUAAAUAUCGUCUUUAUCACAAGCCUCGCCAGUGUUUUGCUGAGAUGGGAAAUUUCAGUGAUUCUGUAUUCAUUUAGAAAUUUUUCCUACUGGUUUUUCCCCCCUUUCUUUUACAAGUUUUUUUCUUGUGUUAUAGGUUGGUGCAAAAGUAAAUGCGGUUUUAGCAUGGUUGAAAUUUGCUGUUGAUACUGGAAUACAUUCUUACAAAUGUGGUCAUGUUAUACAUCAUUUUAAUGCUCAUUUCUCGCUUUAUGUGUUUUUGCUAAUGACUUAUUACUUGCUGUUUAUUUUAUAUUUAUUUUAGACUAUGGAAAUGAUGUUAGACAAAAAGCAAAUUCGAGCAAUUUUCUUAUUCGAGUUCAAAAUGGGUCACAAAGCAGCGGAGACAACUCGCAACAUCAACAAUGCAUUUGGCCCAGGAACUGCUAAGGAACGUACAGUGCAGUGGUGGUUCAAGAAGUUUUGCAAAGGAGACGAGAGCCUUGAAGAUGAGGAGCGCAGCAGCCGGCCAUCGGAAGUUGACAACGACCAAUUGAGAUCUGUCAUGGAAGCUGAUCCUCUUACAACUACACAAGAAGGUGCCGAAGAACUCAAAGUCGGCCAUUCCACGGUCAUUCAGCAUUUGAAGCACAUUGGAAAGGUGAAAAAGCUCGAUAAGUGGGUGCCUCACGAGCUGACCGAAAAUCAAAGAAAUCGUCGUUUUGAAGUGUCCUCUUCUCUUCUUGUACGAAACAACAACGAACCAUUUCUUGACCGGAUUGUGACGUGCGACGAGAAGUGGAUUUUGUAUCACAACCGGCAACAAGCAGCUCAGUGGUUGGACCGAGAAGCAGCUCCAAAGCACUUCCCAAAGCCAGACUUAAACCAGGAAAAGGUCAUGGUCACUGUUUGGUGGUCUGCAGCUGGACUGAUCCACUACAGCUUUCUGAAUCCCAGUGAAAGCAUUGCAUCUGAGAAGUAUGCCCAGCAAAUCGAUGAGAUGCACCAAAAACUGCAGCGUCUGCAGCCGGCGUUGCUCAGCAGAAAGGGCCCAAUUCUUCUCCACGACAACACCCGACCGCAGGUCACACAACCAACGCUUCAGAAGUUGAACGAAUUGGGCUAUGAAGUUUUGCCUCAUCCGCCACAUUCACCUGACCUCUCGCCAACCUGCUACCACUUCUUCAAGCAUCUCGACAACUUUUUGCAGGGAAAACGCUUCCACAACCAGCAGGAUGCAGAAAAUGCUUUCCAAGAGUUCAUCGAAUCCCGAAGCACAGACUUUUACGCUAUAGGAAUAAACAAACUUAUUUCUUGUUGGCAAAAAUGUGUUGAUUGUAAUGGUUCCUAUUUUGAUUAAUAAAGAUAUGUUUGAGCCUA